CGACUCCCGUUGGCACCGUUGAAGUUUAGGUUAACAAAAUAAAACGCCUUCACAGCCAAACCCUGAAAUAUUAAUGUUGUCUUAUGAACAGUUUGAAAAAAUGAUAUAAAUUUCCGGCAUCCAUAUUUGAACACGAGAGUCAGCUCCUCAUGAUCCACUGAUUAAAAAGUAUAAUCGUGUACGUCGACGGUGAUUCAUUGAUUAAAAAGUGUAAGAGUCGACGAUAACCCCUCUCUGUCCCUACAUCAACCACCCGGCCAACGAACGACCAUAUUCCUACGUCUUUCAUUGUUAGUCUAUUAUCUCGUGAGAGGUCAUGGAGAGAGUCACGCGCAGGUCUAUACUGUAAGCAAAGAAGCCAAAAAUUACAAUUUUUGCGGCGUCAAAAGACAAAGAAACCGCGAGAUCCCGUGAUUUUUCAACAUCGAAAUACGUUCGAUGAUAUCUUACAUUUUUGUUCCUAGUUAGAAUAACUAUGAAAGAACUCACUAGAGUGAAAUCACCUUCCAAUGAAAGUUAUGGUUCUCUCUCCCUCUGUUCUCCAUUCAACCCACCAUAAUCUCAUUCCCACUCUCACUUCCAGCUCCCCGCUACCACGAGCUUUGACAAAGCUACUGUGCUUUAUUCCCUACUUUCAACUUCUACUUCUAUGCAGCCCUCGUGAAAUUAGUAAAAAAAAGUCUUGCCUUCAUCGAAAACACAGGUAUUCGACAGAUUAUAAAGGAGUUAAUCUGCUAAGAAACCAUACAUGUCUUAAUUCGGGAUAAUGAUGAUACCAACAUUGCUAUUAGGUAAGAUUUGAACCGACCUGGGCUGCACAAUACGUAAGGCUUGUUAAGUUUUGUUUAAUUGCCACACACAGACGAUUUUGUCUACAUUUGAGAGCUAAAACACCUUGUUCAUAGUAGUAAAGAGUAUGAUGCGCUCUCCCUUCUUUCACCUAGAUUGGGAUAUUAGGGUGACUUUAUUUUAUGCAUAAUGAUUACCACAUCUACCUCAUGUAUCACGUAUGCAACGAAUGUAUGCAGGAUUUCAUCGAUAAACUGAGAGCAAAUGUUCUAUCACGAUGGUUGUUUUUGCUCGCUUAUAAUUAGAAUAAAUACCUUGCUAAAAAAGUGAAAUUUUCAACAAAUGAGCAACAUCAAAGCCAAUUAAUCCGAUAAAAAUUUUAUGCUUCAGACCUGGUUAAAUCUCUCGUCUUCGUCGUACCAGAUAUCACUUAAUUUGAAUUGGAUAGUUUACGUUGACUUAAAAAAAAGCAAAAUUAUCCAAACAAAAGAUCACCCUCUUCACAUAAGUACAAAGGUUGGGGUCAAUGUCUUGACAACUCACUGACAAGUUGCUUUCCCUGAGUCAUUGCCUGAUAACAGCCUGCUUUAAUCUUGUGUACCCAGUGAAAAAUUUAUGGAGCCUUUAUUUAUUUACUCCAAGAACAGUCUCGAAUGAUCCAGCCCUGAGUUCCAGUAUCAUGGUCAAGACUUAAGGAGUUCAACCAAGAAUAUUUAGCAGUGAAUUCAAGUACCUUGCUUUAUCAGAUGGGAUAGGAAGUACCAUGUUUUUAGCUUCGUCGGACGUUUUGAAAUUUAUUGCGUAUCCUGUUUUAACUUCCAUUUUUUUCCUAAUAGACAACGUUAAGUAAGUUCGCGUGACCCACAUUUCUGUACCUUUCAUCACACUUAGAAAAAAAACUGUUCAUUUUUUUUACUGACGUGACGUAGGAAGCAAGUUAACGAUAAAUAAAUCGCGAUAAAGGUCCAAUACUCAAAGCGGAUGGAUUCGGUUUGAUAAUGAAACUGUGCUCAGAAAUGUCUGUUGAGCUUAAGUCAAAUGAGAAAUGGGAUUGUAUUUUUCGAUAUUUCAACUUAAACCUAAGCGCAUGCAAACAUCAGUCUAAAUUUACGUCACGAAGAAUCUGAUAGCAUUGUAAUUGCACUUCCACGCCUUUACAGUGAGCUGUCUAUUUUUGGUGGAUGAAACAGGUUGGAGAGAGUGGGGCGCACAAACAUAUUUGAACAGAUUGGUUAUGUUAUGCCAUAAACUCGUGGGAAAAUAAAGAAAUUGUCGAAGAUUAACGGAAUAUGUUUGAUCAAGCGGCGGUCUGAUAAAAUUUGAGACUGAUAGGUUUGAUAAUUGAAUUAUCAGCGAAACUGUUUUUAGCUGAGCAAUAUUUUGUUUAUUUCGACGGGGGUGACCUGGCAUAUCUCAUGACGCAUUUAUGCCACAGGUCUUCCCCCUACAGACUGUUUAGAACAUCAUUGGGUGUUUAUGUCUACAUUUAUGUGACACUUCAUUUUUGUCAUCAUGGCGAAAAACGUGCCAUCUUUGGAAAGCAAAAGAACAUUCUUUGCAUUUGUAAUAUGCCCGGUGAAACUGAACACAAAAACAUCCCUAGUUUUUAUGAAUGAUUUGCGGAAUUUGCACUUGGUGAUCAUCCCCCCAAGUCAAUGAACAAGAGUGAUUAAAUUGGUGUCUUAUUCCCUGUCUAGUAUCAAGAGAAAACAAUCUCAUUUAUUUAGAUGCAUGCCAAACGAGGCCAUAUUACCUAACUGAUGAACACUGAUGAAUUUCCGUUGUAGCCAUUCGCUAAUGCCACGCGCAGUUAUGGAAGUAUAGGCUCUUUGAUAUGUCACUCACGAGGUUGGCGGUCUGGUAGCAAUGAGCUGAAAUUGGAUUUCAAAACUUAUUGCACCUUUGGCUCAUCAUUACAACCACGGGAGUCCUCUUUAGGGAAACACGACGUCUCUAAGUAGCUCUACUGAAGAGCCACACGGCAUUGAACCACGAAUUAAGGCAUUAGCUCCGUCUGUCCCCUCAAACGAGUUAUGAUGCAUCUAUCACUGAUGACAAGGAUAGCCCUGACCUGUGUUUUUCUAGGCAUUCACGCUCUAUCAAGUGAUACAAGACUUUCAGGGUACGAUAUUCUAACAUCGGGACUUCCUUUGGAGGUUGAUCCAAUACUGAACCCCAACACCGUUUGUAAGAACACACCGUCUUUGAACAGAGAACAACUGGAACUUUGUAAAACGCAAGCCGAUGUUGUUGCUAGCGCGUUACAAGGAGCCCAAAUGGCGGUACAUGAAUGUCAACAACAGUUCGCAUACACAAGAUGGAACUGCUCGUCCUUGGAGACCAAAAACGGCAAUCCCUUGACGAGUGACUUAUUAGCUAGAGGUUUCAGAGAGACAGCGUUCGCGCACGCUAUUAUAUCUGCCGGCAUGACACAAGCAGUUGCAACAUCUUGUAGCGCGGGUAAACUUGGAACAUGCGAAUGCGACAAAACCGUCAAAGGAGAGGGUCAGGGCUGGAGCUGGGGUGGAUGCAGCGACAACGCUCUUUACGGUGCCGUGUUUACUGCCGAUUUUAUGGACUCUCGGGAAAGAGGGACAGAUAUAAAGUCACUGAUGAACCUCCACAACAAUCGAGCAGGACGUCUGGCUGUUCUGGAUAACAUGAAGACUAAGUGCAAAUGCACUGGUGUGUCCGGCUCUUGCACUAUGAGAACUUGUUGGAAGACUGUUCCAGAAUUCAAAGAAGUCGGAACAAUUCUUAUGGAGAAUUACGAGUAUGCCAUUCUCAUUCGAGCGAGCAACAGAAAUCGCGGCAAAAUACGACCACGUAAAACAAAGACAGUCAAACAAUAUGAGUUCCAAAGAAAUCUAGUCUAUUACGAACCCUCGCCAAGUUACUGCAAUAGAGACGACUCGAAAGGCAUAGCUGGGACUAAAGGAAGAAUGUGCAAGGUUGAUUCUCUCGGAAGCGACAACUGUGACACUCUUUGCUGUUCAAGAGGAUACAACAGGAUACACGCCACUAUAAAAAGAAGAUGUCGCUGCCACUUCAACUGGUGUUGUUUUGUACUGUGUGACGAGUGCGUGGAGAAAGCGUGGGUGACCAUCUGCAAAUAGUAGCGUUAGCCUCUUCUUGACUCUGCUAUAGUGUAAACAUAUCUAUCACAGUAUCAGUUGGAAAAAUCCUGUUCUCGCUUCGUAUUAGAAGACAGUUUCCCCUUUGAAAACUAAGUCUUUCUUCCGGCGGUUCGUCCACCUGAGUACCCAUUUAGCGUUGCGAGGCUCCAUUAACAUUCCAAACUGACAGUUAUUCUAACACUAUAUGCACGAGAAAAACUUUUACCAAAUAUGAGUUGAGAUGGAAUUUAAAGAAUGUUCACCUAUUUUGAAAGUAAUGUUCAGAAAGUACAAGACAUGCUAUCUGUAGUUACAAGCGCAGUAUAGAUAUAACUGUAUGGAAAAGUUAUAGUUUUGCAACCAGAGAACGAGAAACGUCAAGUUUUUUUCAACCUGGAUUUUGAUAAUAAAUGGUAUAAAAUCAGAAAACUUCACAGACCGGUCAUUAUUUAUCGCCGGGGAAAAGGAGGGGGCGGGGACGGAGGAUUUUUGUUGUGUCACCUAAGGUUCUACAGUAUUCUAAUGGUUCCCUUACUGUCAGUCAAUUUUCUACAGUCCCCCUUUAUAACGAUGUAAUUUCCUCCAUAAUCCUCUGCUCCCCCCUCCCCCGCGAUAAAAAAUGACUGGUCCCUUGACCUUGGUUCCUAUGGGGCCAUUUGCGAUACCCUUAUUAAGUUUGGAUAUCAUUUAGAAACGAGCAAAACCUCAUUCUUGUUUAAAUUAGUUGUUGUUAUAAACAAAGUACUGUUACCAGUGGAAUGAUCGUAACAAAUUUAAGAUAACCGAACAGAUAUGACUGGAAUCUUAGAUGAGAAAUUGAGUGUUAGCAGCCACUAUAUGCUUUUUGCAAGGUAAUCCCCGCCCGCCCCCAGUCCCCGACCAUUUCAAUGUAUAGAGCUUCAGAGGGAUUUUUGUAUAGCAUAUUGACAACAGUGGGUAAACCGGGCUUGGGAAGUGGGGCAUCAGUAUUUGCAAAUCUCACUGCAUCGACUGACUAUAUAAUUUGUUGUCGACACUGAAUAAUCAAUUGCUUGUUAUAUUAUCUUUGUGUGACUGAGUCAUAAACUCAUAAUUGGUCAUAUAUAAUAUAUAUAUAUAUAUAUAUUUUUUUUUUUUUUUCAGUCGUGUAUAGUUCUUCGAUAACUUAAACUUAAAUCAUGUGUCUUCAAUCAAACGAGAUGAUUUUUACUUUUACCCUUUCAACAGUGGCUGUGUGAAACAUAUUUUGUGUGAACUGAAAUUUACCCUGAGACUUUAAUAAAGCGAAGAUUAGUAGUCUA